CUAUUUACCUAGUUUCGAUACCUCGGUCUUCUUUUUCUUUCGUAUUCUUCGAGACACAGUCGAAAUCCAGUUGCUGUGUGUAAUAUCAGUAAUGCUGUUUUAAUGAGCUUAUAUUUCGCAGGAAGAGGAUUAUACGUUUUCUUCUACAUCCCCGAAUAGGUCUUCAAAAUGCAACUUUCGUUACAGAAGCUACCCGCAAAAUGGAUUGGUGUCUCCGGUUUGAUUAUGUUCAUCUUGGGUUCAGGUGUCGGAUUUUACGGUUUCCCUGCUCUAAUCCGCAGUCAGAUAGCUUCGAAUUUAGCCCUGAAGAAAGGUUCUGAUCUAAGGAAACUCUGGUCCAAGAUUCCUGAUGGAAUUCCUUUCAAAGUAUAUAUGUUCAACGUGACAAAUCCGAUGGACGUGCAAGUGGGAAAGAAGCCCAUAGUGAUGGAAAUAGGACCUUACUUCUAUGAAGAAUAUAAGGAGAAGCUGGACCUCAAAGACAACAACGAGGAUGACACAGUUUCGUUCAAUCCACGGGAUUACUUCAUAUUCAAGAGAGAGAUGUCACAAGGACUGACUGGCGACGAAGUUAUCACCAUACCCCACGCGGCCAUAUUGGCGAUGGCUCUUGCUGUGGAACGAGAGAAACCCGCGGCACUGAAGAUGAUCAACAAGGCUGUCCCACACAUCUUCGGGCACCCGACGUCCAUCUUCGUAACGGCGCCUGUCAAGAACAUUCUCUUCGAGGGAAUUCCGCUUUACUGCAACGUGACGGAUUUUUCUGCUAAAGCUAUUUGCUCCGAGAUUCGGAAGAAGGAUAAAGACUUCCUGAAAUUAGGGGAUGAUAUCUUCGGCUUCUCAUUCUUCGGAAUUAAAAACAACAGCGUUGGAGGCAGAUUCAGAGUAAAGCGUGGCAUUGAGAACAUCAGAGAUGUGGGUCAAGUAGUGGAGUAUGAGGGGCAGAAGCAGCUGUCGGUUUACGACGGGGACGAGUGCAACAAGUUCAGAGGGACGGAUUCCACCAUCUUCGGACCGUUCCUUACCCCAAGCGACAAGAUCGAAGCUUUCGCUCCUGAUCUUUGCAGGUCUAUAGGAGCCGUAUACACAGAGUCCAUAGUAUACAAAGGCAUACACAGCUUCAAGUACAGUGCCGGGUUCGGUGACAUGUCCACUGACCCAGAGCUCAAGUGCUUCUGUACGACUCCAGACACGUGCAUGAAGCAGGGAGUUCAUGACCUAACCAGAUGCUCAGGUGCUCCCAUCAUUGCAUCACUGCCUCAUUUCUACGACGCAGCUCCUGAGUACCAGACUGGAGUGAUUGGCCUCAACCCCACGAAGGAGAAGCAUGAGAUACUGAUGGUCUUCGAACCGCUGACGGCCACGCCUUUAGUUGGGUACAAGAGACUGCAGUUCAACAUCGCCGUUCAUGCCAUAGACAAGAUCGACUUAAUGAAAGAAAUUCCUACAGUGCUUCUUCCCAUCUUAUGGGUGCAAGAGGGAAUGGAACUGAAGCAGGAAUACCUGGACAAAGUGGCCAGUAUUUUUAAAAUCAUGGGAGCGGUGGACGUAUUGAAGUGGAUCCUUAUGGUGGCAGGGGGAGGACUCGGAGCAGCAGGUGCAAUCAUAGGUUACCGCAAGAAGUCCAACGAAAUGGAUGUUGAGGUGUCGCCUAGUGUGCCGAAGAAACCCGCAGGCAUCUCGCCCCUGGAAGUGCAAACACCUCCCAGAUACUGAAGCCAACGCUGGCGACAACAAAAGAUGAUAGAAACAAGUCUGAAAGAUUCUGAUUGGUGUAUAUCAGCCUUUUCUACUAAUAAUACUGGACACUGAUAUCUGCCCUAGUAAUUCCAGAUCACAACCUUUCGGAAACCGAUUGUUUUUCCUUCAUCAGGUGAGAGGACGAAGUUGGUGGAGCUGGUAUCACAAACUGGUCCAGGAUUCCUGCUUUUAUAUUUCCACUUGAUGAAUGAAACAUAUCCGGUUUCUAAAACGUUGUGAUCUCAAAACUUAAACUGGGACGAAGCAUAGUGUCCAAAAAUAAUCAGUUAUAACAUAACAUGGAUCAACAUUUACGGUCUCCAGUGUAAUACCGACUCGUAAAUACUGCAACACUGCAACUGGAUUAUAAAAUAAGCAACAUUUAUGGGACAAGAAGCUCUACACACAGGAAUUCAUGCGCAAUUAAUAUUUCUGUUGUUAUUUUUUAUUGGCAAACCAAUAUCCCAUUAUUGCUAAGAGCAGAAAGACAGCAUCACAAGGUGCCGUUUAGGUUUUUGUUUCAGAAACCCUGAUUAUUUAUUUGUAAUAAAAACAGGUAGUAAGGAAUGUAUUCCUUCUUUAAGGAGUUAAAAUUACAACACAAAAUUAAUAACAGACUCCCUAUGUUACGUAAUAGCGCAGUCCGUAUAGCGACUGGCUACGUGUUGAACGAUCAAGUGGUCGGAGUUCUAGUCCCAGUGGGGGCAAG